AUGGAAUGUUCGGACGAGCGCAGAACUGAUGCCGCCAUCGCCGCAGCCUGUAACCAAGGUGUAUUUAGUGUCUGUAACGAUUUUGAACGCAAAGAAAUGGGAUUUGUGUCCAUUGGCGUGGACUUCAACUCCGCUUCAACUCCUGUGCCGUUGGCAUACCAUAACCCGUCGAAUUGCCAACUUCCGAUCUUCGGCGUUCUCCUUACGCUUGUUGAUGCCACCGCGGGCACCACCACUGAUCGACAGAUCAUUUUCGUUCACAUCACGCUUUCCAACGCCCAGGAUAGCACCGACGCCCACGCCGGGGUCUUCCGCGUUCUCGUCCCGUUCGAAAUUGGUCGGGGCUGCAAUGGCAGCGAUGACCAAGGAGAUGGUGAGGGCGACAAGCGACAGACGCAUUUUGUCAAGAAGGUCUAG